AAAUAUCAUUUUUUGAGAACUAUAAAAGGGGAAGAUAUUUUUUAAAAGGAAAACUCCUCUUUUUUUUUUUUUUAUCUGUUCUGAAAUUUAAACGGAUUAUCUUAGAACUUAUAAAUCUCACACCAUUUUCAUCUGUAUCACUUUCCUGUAAAAGUUUCACUAUUUAUUAUAUCCACGCUUCGGUUUUCUCCUCAUCUGGAUCCCUAUUCUUUUCAACCAAACCCUAAUCUCAUCGAGAUUCUGAUCUUGAUCUCGCCCCUAACUUGAUCUAAAAUCAAGCAACUUUCAGAUCAAUUUUCCUGCUAGCCAGGAACAGAAAUGCCUUUUCCGCGUAAUUUCACCUCACAGGUAGGCACUACCAAUGAUGACUAUCGGUCCUCCUUCCAUAGGAACAACUUCGGCAACAACAACAGGAACAGAACCAGGAACUAUUAUAACAACAGAAAUUAUAGCAAUAUAAGUGACUUCUCUGGGAAAAUUUGGCAGCAUAAUGACAAUCUCAGCCAUGCUAAGCCUGAUAAUUUCAGUCAUGCUAAUCCUAAUGGUUUAGGAUUGCCAUCUUUGAAAAGGAGAAAACUCUCAGCUUGUGCUUGGGGAGGCAGUGGGAGACAGUACGUGCCACCUGGGGCAUAUAACUUGGCCCUCCAACCUGCAAUUAUGCAGUCUCUCGGACAAGAUCCCAUGCUGAGGCCUCUAUGUCCAGUAGCUGUAAACGUGACUUCUCACAAUUGGAAGAUGAUGAACCAGUCUUCAUGUCAAGGGAUGAGAUUGAGAGGUACUCCCCAUCAAGAAAAGAUGGUAUUGAUGCUCUUCGCGAAGCUCAUUUGCGGUACUCAUACUGCACUUUCCUUCAUAAUCUUGGACUGCGACUCGAGCUGCCCCAAACCACUAUUGGUACUGCUACGGUUCUGUGCCACCGGUUUUUUGUUCGACAAUCACAUGCUUCUUAUGAUAGAUUUUUGAUUGCUACUGCUGCUCUUUUUCUUGCUGCAAAGGCUGAGGAGACUCCAUGCUCUUUGAACAAUGUGCUGAGAGUAUCUUGUGAAAUUACCCAUAAGCAGGAUUUUUCUUUCUUGUCCUAUCUGCUUCCUGCUGACUGGUUUGAGCUGUAUCGGGAACGAGUGAUUGAGGCUGAGAAUAUGAUACUGACUACUCUAAAUUUUGAGCUAAAUGUGCAACAUCCAUAUGCUCCACUUGCAUCCGUUCUUAACAAACUAGGUCUUUCGCAAACUGUUUUGGUCAAUCUGGCAUUAAACUUGGUCAGUGAAGGGAUCUGCACAAGAUUAGCGUGCUCGCAUGUAUGAUUUUCUUAGCGGGCUGGUUGAUAUGCUGUUCAUGGAAAGUUUUGUUUUACAUCUGAAGUUGAACUGCUGAUGGGUGUUGAUGACUUUCAUCACGAAAACACCCAAUGAACUUGGUCAUUGGCUAUUAAAGAUAGCCACAGGACCUGCAAAGCCAGUUUGCUGUACUAUAAAUUGUUUUAGUCCUCCAACACUUCUUUUGAAUCUGUUUGGAAUGGGUCCUCUAGACUUACACAAACUUAUGAUUUGUGAGAUAUGGCAAGUUGCACUUGCUGUCAAUUUGCUGACCUGGAGGUCAACCAUUGACUAGGCAAGGAUUUGCUUACCUUCUUGGAGAGUAUUCUUUUUCUUUGUUGCCUAUGAGUUUUCUUACCACCUGGGUGAGGGUAUUUUCAGUUAGCUAGGGGAUUUUUGGGUUUAGCAGACAAGUUGCCAAGUUGUUUUUGUCUGCUGUGAAAGUUUGAAACAUCGGUUUAAGUUUUCCUUUUUUCUCCAACUAGUUUGGAUUUUGUUUAAAACUCAUCUCAUGCAUUAUUUUUAACCCCUAUCACUUUGUACUGUAAAUGAUCUUCUCUAAAUAUAAAUGAACAUGAAUUUGAUUUCAGUUUUAUCCAAGUAUUAUCAAGUGAAAACCUUACUGCUACAGUUUCAGUUCAAGUAGAAUUCUUACAUCCAAUGUAUUUUUUCACCUGGUUGUGUGGUGUUCGGGACUGACUUGUUUCCUAUUGUUUAAGUACUCUUGCUGAUGAAAAAAGUGGCAGACACCAGAAUAUGCUUUAGUACCACUCACUUGGGAUGGAUAGGUGCUUACCAAUUAAAAAAAAAAGUUUGGGAUGUAUAGGUGUUGAAAAUAUUAGCCAAUGCAAUAGGCAUGAAAAGGGAAAUUGGAAUGAAAACUGCUUAAAAUCAUU